UUGAUGUCUUGCUUCGAGUGACGUUUGGCUGACAGUGGAGAAAAAAAAAACAAUUCAAACACUUGUACAUUUUGUGAGAAAUUCGAUUUCUGGCUCUUUUCACAACACAUUUUUUGGCAAAAUUUAAGUAGCAGCAGCAGCAACUCCGGAUACCGGUGUUAACUGGCAACGGUGAGGUGUUGAUGACGUGCCAGCAUGGUUCGGAUACGACGAAAAUUCGCCUUUAUUCUAUGCGGCGUUACUGUAUUCUUCUUCCUAAUACUCUAUGUUGUGCUUAAUUAUUCAGUUUCCGAACGGACUCGCGUGCAAGAUAUAACGUUUCUAGAAAGCAAAAUAAAACAGCUCGAGAGUGGGUUGAACAAACAUCACCAGGAGUUUGGCGAUAUUCGAAAGCAAAUUGACACGAUUCGUGGCGCGGUAGACGGCGGCGGCGGUGAUGAUACGUACGUCGACAGCAAGGUGCUGGAUAAAGCACCGUUGCUAGGUGACCGCGAGAUGAUGAAAGAAUCGGUCAUAAAUGCCAACGGCGGUGGUGCUGGAACUUGUGCGCUCCGCACAGACAUCAUACCCCAGCCGGACGUGCAAAUGUUGAAUCUGUACGACCAGGUAUCGUUUGAGAACAUCGAUGGGGGCGUCUGGAAACAGGGUUGGCCGAUCAAGUAUCAUCCGAGCGAGUGGAACAGUCACCACAAGCUGCACGUGUUUGUGGUUCCACACAGCCACAACGAUCCCGGUUGGAUACAGACGUUCGAUGAGUAUUACGAGCGAUCGACCAAAAACAUUUUCGCCAACAUGCUCCGGCAUUUGGACGAGAAUCCGGGGCUACGCUUCAUUUGGGCAGAAAUAAGCUACUUCGCGCAAUGGUACGAUAAACUUGCGGCCGAGCAGAAGGCCAUAGUGAAGCGGCUGGUGAAGAACCGCCAGCUGGAGUUCGUUACGGGCGGAUGGGUAAUGUCGGAUGAGGCAAACUCGCACUGGUACUCGAUGCUGCUGCAGCUGACGGAAGGUCAAACGUGGCUUAAGACGCGUCUCAACGUAACACCCGUGUCGAGCUGGUCGAUCGAUCCGUUCGGCCAAUCUGCCACCAUGCCAUACAUUUUGAAGCAUUCCGGGUUUGAGAAUCUGCUCAUCCAACGCACGCACUACAUUGUGAAAAAGAAUUUAGCACUGAAAAAGCAGCUCGAGUUUCGCUGGCGCCAGCUGUGGGACACGCGGGGUGAUACGGACCUUUUCACGCACAUGAUGCCCUUCUAUUCAUAUGAUGUGCCGCACACGUGCGGUCCCGAUCCUAAGAUUUGCUGCCAGUUUGACUUCAAGCGCUUACCGGGCAUGGGUCUCACCUGCCCCUGGAACGUGCCGCCCCGUCCCAUCAACGAUCAGAACGUUGCCGAGCGGGCAGAGAUGAUAGUUGACCAGUGGCGCAAAAAGUCCGUACUGUAUCGAACGCGCAACGUGCUGAUUCCUCUCGGCGAUGACUUCCGGUACACUACCAGCAGCGAAUGGGAAGCACAGCAGGUUAAUUUCGAGCGCCUGUUUGACUACAUCAACAAUGAGCCGUCGCUGAAUGUGGAGGCCAAGUUUGCCACUCUGCAGGAUUACUUCGAUGCGGUGCGGGCCACCAGUGGUGUCAAUGGGAUGGAACAGUUCCCAUCACUUACGGGAGAUUUCUUCACGUACGCUGACGUGAAUCAGGACUACUGGAGCGGGUACUUCACGUCGCGCCCGUACCACAAGCGGCAAGAUCGCAUUUUGUUACACUACAUUCGUUCGGCGGAAAUGUUGCACGCCUGGAAUGUGUGGGAACCGGCUAGCGAGUGGAAACCGUUGGCCGAUCGGUUGGAGUACGCUCGUCGACAACUUUCGCUGUUUCAGCACCACGACGGCAUUACGGGCACAGCCAAGGAUCACGUGAUGGAGGACUAUGCGCAGCGCAUGUCCCGAUCAAUAGAAAACUGUAAAUUCGUCAUGCAGCAGGCUGUGUAUCGAAUGCUCACAAAACCCUCGGUGUAUCAUCCGGAUCCGUCAUUUAGCUAUCUUUCGAUCGAUGAUUCACGGACGGUCAAUGGAUCGGACAGUGUGCGACCGACCAUCAUACUGGGGGACGAGUUACCAAGCAAACAGGUGGUUUUACACAACUCUCUGCCCCACACACGCUCCGAGGUGGUCGAGUUUUAUGUGGUCAGUCCGUUCGUGACGGUGCAGGAUGGCAGCGGAGGUACAGUGCCUAGUCAGAUAGCACCGGUUUGGUCGUGGCACACGCGCCCAGACGGCAUCAGUCAACCGCAACCAUCGAAUACGAAGUACAGGCUGCUGUUUCGUGCAAAUGUUCCACCGCUGGGAUUGAGCGUUUAUACGAUUAAUUCUAAAAACAGUGCUGAAGAAUCGCUUGGCGUCACGUUUACGAAAGCGAUCAUACUCUCCAAAUCGCCGUUUACUGUCAAUCUGGCCGCCGGAUACCCGGAAGAUAUAGACCACGCAUCGCCAAUGGAAGUGUCCUUACGCUCCGAGGAGGGCGGUACAACAAGUGCCGCUUUCACCGCGAAAGGACUGCUGAAAUCGCUUACGAUCGAAAACAAUCAGGCGAUGGUGCCGGUGCAUUUAGAAUUCUAUCGAUACGGCAUGCAGCUUAGCUCGGGUAAGAGCGGUGCAUACCUUUUCCAUCCGGCCGGCAAUGCUACGCUGCUUACGUACGAGCAACCGAUCGUGCUGGUUAUGAAGGGUCUGCUAGAGACAAGCAUUACUGCCGGCUUACCGUUUGCGGUACAUCAAACCAUUCUACGCGAUGAUAGUGUAGAAAUCCGCAACCUGGUUGACAUCGGGCAUCGUGAUAAUACGGAAAUAGUGAUGCGGCUGCAGACAAACAUCAACAGUGGCAGUACUUUCUACACCGAUCUGAACGGUAUGCAGCUCAUCAAGCGCAAACGGUUCCAGAAGCUGCCGAUACAAGCCAACUACUACCCCGCUCCGUCGACCAUGUUCAUCGAGGACGACUAUUACAGGUUGACGCUGCUGGGCGGACAACCACUCGGUGGUUCAUCGUUGAGCUCGGGCGAGAUGGAAAUUAUGCAAGAUCGUCGCCUGACGCGCGAUGACGAUCGUGGGCUAGGGCAGGGCGUUCAGGACAAUCUGCCGGUGUUGCACCUGUUCCGAUUGGUGCUUGAAUCGCGAGAAUCGUGCACCAAACCGGAUCCCGAUUACCCGACCGGAUAUCUGACGCUGCCGGCUCACUCACAGCUGCAAAGCUUACUGCACCCGCUGGAUAAGCUUAUCUACAACGAAAACUAUUGGACGGGACUGCAAAAGGAAGGGUUCGGCGUACGGCACGAACCGCUGGAACGGGGAAUCGAACUCGUCGCCAUGCGUGAGCUGCCUCACGUCCACUUCGGGCGGACAUCGGCAGGAGCGUCUCCCCCCGUAGGGCUGAUCGUUCAUCGGACCAACUUCGAAGACUGUGGCUCGGAAGCAAACAUGGAAGGAAUGUUGAACAUCAAAAAACUCCUCAAUUUGGACGACGGGCACGAUAUUUAUUCCGCACGGUUGACGCUACUGAAUGCGCUGGAGAUGGUUCAGUCGGACGACAUUAGCCUCUGCCCGAUGGAUGCCAAAGCGUACAUAGUCAAACGAUAAACUCCUUACCGUAGGGCAACAGUGAAAAGAAGAACGGUGCAGAAGCGCUACUUCGUAAAGGUGGUUCCGAUUAACCUUAUUGUGCAAUAGCAAUCGAUCUACAAUCAAUCGAUCGAUUCAACAUGGCUAACGAAGAAUCAGUGUCCGGUAAAGGUAAUUAAUUCGUAUCUUUUUGACUGGAUCACGAUUGUUUGUUCCCCCCCCCCCCCCCCUAAUUAGCCCCCCUUUUUUAAAAACCACAAGGUACAAGGCGUAUUUUUUCUGUUAAAAGAAUGUCGCAACCAAUGUCCUUAUUUAUAUGUAGUUUUUGUAUUUUCCAACUCUAGAUGUUAAAUGAACGAACGGGAUGUCUGCUGCUGAUAGAUCAGUGGGCGGUAAAGAACGGCACAUGCGCUUCAAUGUGUUUAAUUUUCAGGGGUUUUCUUUCCGUAACCUCCGGUUCCGGUUAAUUUUAUAGCGUGUGAUAUAUCAUAGAUAAUAUGUUUGUCGUGUGUACGAAAGCAUUAGUACGAUGCGACGGGGGCAUGUGCCCGCCGCUCAGUUGUCCGCACUAAAUAUCAAGGCUUUAUCCAGGCGGUGUUCCAAACUUAAAAAUCAGUACGAAUCACAUACAUUCUUCGGGAUUUGUUUGAGCAAAGUACUAUGUAUACACAAGCUAUGCACUGUAGAUAAUUAAAUAAAACUAAACACUACAUUUGUACCUUCAU